AUGUCGUCUAUUCAGCUCUCGUUUUCCCUCCGGGUUUCUUCCGGUGUAAAGACGGUCCAUCUCCUGGGCUCCUGGGACGGCUACGUCGGCCAGCUCCCUCUCUCCAAGGACAAGUCGUCGUCCAAGUCAGGUUCCUGGAAGGGAACCUUCCGUUUCCAGAACGCAACUCUUGAGCCCGGCCAGAGAUAUUGGUACUACUACAUCAUUGACGGCUACCACGUCGCCCACAACCCCAAAGUCGAGUCCACCGUCGAGCCCACCACCGGCCGCGAGCUCAACAUUCUUGAUGUAUCUCUGGACCCAUCCAAGUCUUCCUCGCACCGCUCUUCCUCUUCCAAGUCGUCUUCCAAGUCAUCUUCAAAGUCGUCCUCGUCUUCUUCCAAGUCGUCUUCCAAGUCUUCCUCAUCCAAGUCUUCGUCGCACAAGUCAUCAUCGUCUAGCAGCAAGAGCUCCUCUCGCCACUCGUCCAAGGACAAGGAGUCUCGUUCCCGCCACAGCUCUAGACUCUCGGUUGACAUUCCCAAGGGACGGCCUCUGCCGCUCUCUGACAUUCAGGCGCCUAAGCCCAUGUCUCCGCACGCGACCAAGCACAUCCUGGAAGCCGACUACUACGACAAUGAAGCUCUUGAUGAACUCACUGCCCGCUUUGGCAGCACCAACAUCGAGGAAGAGUACAUCACAGACUUCACCGCAUCGCCCAUCUCCAGCGGCUCGUCCCUGUCCUACCGCUCCGACAGCUCCUCACCCAACUCGUCCCUGUCCGGCUACAGCACCCCCGGCUCCGAAUGCAGCACUUGCACUUGCGAGAGAUUCGGCAUUACUCGCAAGGGCGAGCGUGUCAAGCUCGACUGCGGCGGAGUCCGAUGCGGUGGCUAUACCAACGAUGAGAGUUCCGAUUGUUCCAGCGGAAGUGAGUCCGAGGAUGAAGAGUACGAGUACGAGUACCAAGCCGCCUCAACCUCACCAGCUAGCUCUCGCCGCCAUGGCAUCGUCGGAAGAUGA